GUUCAGUUUCCGGGUUAUCGAUCUGAUUCCGGUUCUCUGAUCAACACGCGUGUUUCUCCACCAAAACACACCGACACACUCUCUCUCUCACACCGAGGAGGGUCGAUUAAAGUCCGGCCUGAAGCUGCGCACGGAAACGAACACUUUCUGCCGCCAUGGGUCCGCCGCGGUCGAAGAAGCGGCGCCCUACGUUCCGGCGCCUGUUGAAGACGAGUGGAGUGAAGUUGGAGAACAAGCUGAAGAACCGUCAGCAGAAGAAGGAGAACGUGGCCAAGAAGCAGCGUAAAGAGCAGAAGAAGCUGCGUCAGGCGGUGAAGGACGCCGCCAUCAGGACGCCCCGCCCACUGGAGACGUACAGGAAGAGACCCGAGGAAGAGGAGGAUGAGGAGUUUCUGGAGAGUCUGCCGACGGACAUGAUGGAGGACGAAGAUCUGCAGAGGAUGACCACGAUGGCCCGACAGGCCUCCUUCAUCACCAGAGACCUGUCGUCAUGCGGGCCGGUGCACAGCGGGAAGAGGCGGAGUUCCGAGGUGGUUCGCAGCUACGAGAAGGUUCCCAGGAAGAUGGCGAGAACAGAGGAGAAGGAAGUCAUCCACCUGCUGCCAAUCAAAGACAAGACAGGAGUCAUCCCACAGAGCGUGGAGAGAGUCGUCCCAAAGCAGCCGGAGGAAGAGGACGAGGAAGAGGAAGCAGCUGACGAGCCGGAGGAGUCUGAAAACGAGGGGGAGCCAGAGAGCUCCACAGCGCUGACAGCAGAGCAGAGAGAACAGCUCAGAGUUCACAAGAUAAACGAGAAGAAACUGCUCAUCGCCGGCCUGGGAUCAGCCGUCAUAUCAGACCCCUACAGUAAUAUAAAGCGAGUGAAGGAGCUGCGAGGGAUGCUGAUGGAGUCCGACCCCUGUGUGGCGGUGACGGUCAGGAAGCUGGUGAUGGUUUCUCUGAUGGAGAUCUUUAAAGACAUCACCCCCACCUACAGGAUACGACCUCUGACCCCCGAGGAGAAAGCCGCCAAGGUAAAGAAAGACACUCAGCAGCUCAGAGAGUUUGAAGAGGGUUUGGUCUCUCAGUACAAGUUCUACCUGGAGGACCUGGAGCAGACCAUCAAAGACUGGAAGCAGAAGAAGAAGAAGCGCAGUCAGGCAGUGGGUUUCCAGUCGUACCUCGGCCUGGCAGAAGUUGCCAUUCGUUGUCUGUGUGAGUUGCUGCUCGCUCUGCCUCACUUCAACUUCCACAACAACAUCGUCGUCGUCCUCGUCCCGCUGAUGAAUGACCCCGUCAAAAAGGUGUCAGGUAUGUGUUGCGAUGCGUUCAGGAAGCUCUUCCAACAGGACAAAAUGGGCGGGGCUUCGUUGGCGACUGUGCGGGUUAUCUCAGGCCUCGUGAAGAGCCUGAACUACACUGUCAAACCUGAGGUGCUGAGGACUCUGCUGAGUCUGAGGAUAAAGGAGGUUGAGAUGAAGAAGGACAUAGAGGACACGGCACCAAAGAAGAGGUUCAUGAACAACAAAGAGAAGAAGAAGAACCUGUCGAGGAUGCAGAGGAAGUGGAAGAAGGCUGAGGAGAAGUUGGAGAAAGAGCUGCUGGAGGCUGAAGCCUCAGAAAGCAAAGAGAAGAAGAUCAAACUGCACACAGAGACCCUGAACAUUGUCUUCCUCAUCUACUUCAGGAUCUUGAAGAAAGCUCAGAAAUCUGUUCUACUUCCUGCAGUACUGGAGGGGCUGGCCAAUUUUGCUCACCUGAUCAAUCUGGAGUUCUUUGACGACCUGCUCAACGUGCUGCAGAACCUCAUCCAAUCAGGAGAUCUGACUAAUAGGGAGAGUCUCCACUGCAUCCAGACCGUGUUCACCAUCCUAUCAGGACAAGGUGACGUUCUGAACAUCGACCCGCUCAACUUUUACUCUCAGCUGUACAAAAUGCUGCCGAGGCUCCACGCAGGGGUGCCCAAUGAUGACAUCAUCAUUGUGCUGCGGUGCCUGGAUGCCAUGCUGACCCGCCGCAAGAAGCAGGUGACCCUGCAGAGGGCAAUGGCAUUCGUCAAACGUCUGAGCACGCUCAGUUUGCAUGUGCUGCCCAAUGCCAGCGUGGGAAUCCUAGCCGCCAACAGAGCCACCAUGCAUGCCUUCCCUAAGUGUGACUUCCUGUUGGAUAACGAGGUUCAGGGCAGUGGCUUCUUCCUGCCAGAGCUUGACGAACCUGAACACUGUAACGCCCAGAACACGGCACUGUGGGAGCUACACACACUGCAGAGACAUUACCAUCCGGUCGUGCGACGGUUAGCGGUCCACCUGUGUCAGGGAGCUCCCAGCGAGGGAUCGGCGGCGCUCGGUGUCGAUCUGAGUCGCAGGUCGCCAGUGGAGCUGUUUAAUAUCUACAGUGUCAAAGACAUGACCUUUAACCCCCCUGUAGCACCGCCUGGCACCAAGAAGAAGGAUCGGUUCGUGGUCGGAGCAACGCUGCUGGACGCCGAGCUGCAGAGACAAGCCGAGAGCAUCCUUGCCGCCACUGAGCAGACGGAGCUGGACUUUAAUAUAACACACACACACACACACACACACACACCCAACACUGACACACACACACACACACAAUAAAAAUCUUUUCUAACAAAUAUUAUAAACAUGAAUCGUUCUGAUGAAACUUUAAUUACAGAAAGACCAGUGUUGCCUUCAAAAUAAAAGCCUAAAGUAGAAUGAGCUGUUAGUACAAAAAAUAUCUUUUCAUAUCUCUUCAUUUGCUGAAAGGUUUAACUUAAUAAAUGUUUUAUUGGAACAGAA